AAUAAAUAUAAUAAAUUGCCAUGGAAAUCAUUAAACAAGAAAAAUAUUAGGGUUAAAUACUAAAAAUGUCAAAGACUAUGUUCAAAUGAUAACAGUAAGUUAGUUUUCAUAUUUUCCAAGUUUUUAAUAGUUCAAAGUGCUUUUUAAUAUAUCUGAAUUAAUUCAUUAUUAUCAAAAUUGGAUAAAUACGAGGUAAUCUGAUAGAAAAUAUUAAAAUUCAAUUUAAUUUUUCAAAUAAAAAUUACUGAUUGAAAAUCUAUUGCAUAAUGAGUCAAAUCAGCUCUCUGGCAUUGAAGGAGCUUUUCUCAAAAAUUAGCUCAGUGAAUGUGUUUUCAAAAGCGAUUUACAAUAGGUCAUUUGCCUCUGUAACAUGCGGAACUGAAACCAAAGGUCUAGUACUUGGUGCUUAUGAAUUAGAUACAGGAAAUCCUUCUCAAAGAUCGUUUGCAUUCACACCAACUGCGCACACCUAUGACAAAAUAAUCAGCGGUAAGCUUUACUUUGAGCUCAAAAAAUCAGGACCUCCUAUCAGAAGACAUGAAGUGAGAAUUCUGUAUGGGCUCGAAGACACUUUCCCAAGUAUUGCUGUUGUGGGUCUGGGAAUUCAAGGCUUGGGCUACAACGAGGAAGAAGUAAUGGAUGAAGAGAAAGAACAGAUAAGAGAGGCGGCAGCCAUAGGAGCCACAGCACUGAGAGACAUUAGUCAAGUGGAGAAGAUUUUUAUUGAGAGCUUUGGUAAUGCUGAGUCAGCAGCUGAAGGCAUUGUUUUAGGAUUAUGGUCCUACCUGGACAAUAAGAAUACAAAAAAUGAAGAGUCUGUGCAGAUGCCUCAACUGGAACUCUUUGAUAGUUGUGACUUCACUGGAUGGAGAAUAGGACUACAGAAAGGCAAUGCUCAAAACUUGGCCAGGAAGCUUUGUGAAAUGCCGGCUAAUUACUUGACUCCAAGAAAGUUUGCUGAACAAGCAGUAAAAAUUUUGGGUAAUUCUGAUAUUAACUUGGAAGUGAAAACAAAACAUUGGCUGCAAAUGAAAGGCAUGGAUGCUCUACUGGCAGUUGCCAAGGGCUCCUGUGAAGAGCCACUACUGCUGGAGGCGACAUACUAUGGCUGUGAGCCCCAUGUUUGUCCAGUUGUUCUUAUUGGAAAAGGUGUCACUUUUGAUGCUGGUGGACAUUGUCUAAAAACGCCUGAAAAUAUGGCUCACAUGAGAGGGGAUAUGGCAGGAGCCGCUUGUGUCAUAGCAACACUCAAAGCAGUAGAAGCUCUAAGACUGCCAAUAAACAUUCGUGCUCUGAUACCCAUGUGUGAGAAUAUGUUGGGCCCCAGAGGAAUGAAACCUGGUGACAUAGUAAAAGCAAUGAAUGGGAAGACCAUCCAUGUUGAUAGCACAGACAGUGAUGGUAGACUGGUGAUAGUUGAUGCACUCUCCUAUGCUGCAACAUUCAAUCCAAAAGUGAUUGUGGAUGUGGGUGGAUUCAGUAGAGGAACCAAAAAUGCACUGGGCUCAGCGGCAGCAUCCAUAUUUACCAACAACGAUGCAUUAUGGGAGCAAAUGAAAAUAGCCGGCAUCCACUCAGGAGACAGAGUAUGGCGUCUUCCUUUGUGGACGCACUUCACCAAAACGGUGAGGCAUUGUCUGCCAGCUGACGUGUGUGAAACUGCUCUAAAUCUGGGAAAUUCAUGUCGAUCUGCUGCAUUCCUCCAGGAGUUUGUUUGUAGAGGUGACUGGCUACACAUGGAUAUCUAUGGCAUCACACAUCAAGAAGAAGACAUGGUUAAGUAUUUGAAGCCAGGAAUGACUGGAAGACCCACUCGCACCUUGAUUGAGUUUUUAGCACAGUUUGCAUUCAAGCCUGAAGAAGAAAAUAAUCAAAGAAAUCAAAAGAAAAAUGCAGACUAUAAAGAAGUAACCUGUAAGGAUGAAUCAGGAAACGCAUGCAGAUGAUCUAAUCAACAAAUAAAAAAUCUUUUUUGGAUUCUAUGUACCAUUAAAAGGUAAAUUAUCCAGUUCAAAACUUAGAGAGAACAAAGAGCCCAUGUGAAAUAAGAAGAGUAAUAUGAUUUGAAAGUGUAUUGAAACUUUUCUUGGAGGUCAACAAUGAAUUUUAAUUCCUGCAACCUCUUAAAAAUUGAAACUCCUAAGGAUUUUAUUCAUGAAUAUUGUUACAAUCUUAAAAAUAUAUAUAUAAAUGGACUAGAUUUUUCUAAGUUUUUGGAGCUACGGGGUUUUAUAAUUACCAUGAAAAUAAAUUUUGAGCUAUAGUUGAGAUUGGAAUUAUUAUAAAUUAUACUCUCAACAAACUAUAAAUAUACCAGUAUUUCAAAAUUGAUGUAGGCCUGUUAUGUCAAGAUAAAUUUGUUAAGCCAAGAUUGUGUGGAUGUUUAUUAAAAGAGUGUCAAUAUUG